UAUCGUGGAAAGAUGUCUGAUAUUGCCUGGACCACGCGUAUACUUAUGUAUAUCGCGCGGUCUGGGGACGUCAUUCGUCGAGACAUACCCACCACAAAACGUCGCAGACAUACUACGCCAAUGCAAAACAAGUCUCGCAAUUCGCCUACAAUUCGCGAUAUUCGCACUUGUUAUAGGUUAUAGCCAGCGCGAUUCGCGAAUUCGUCGACUGCUUCACUUGGCAUUACUUCGCAGCUGCUUAUCGCUCCGUCUCGACCUGUACAUGCCAAUUCUUUUCUGCAUCCACUAGCUGCAGCGUGUGCAUCGUAGGAGUACGUCAAGUUUCAUCCAGUGAAACGCGCCUCUCGUUCGUCGUGUGUUGUUGUCGAACGUUUGACGUUCGAUCUGUUGUCGGGUCUGUUUUAGCUAGGAAUCAAUUUCAAUCGACUUUUGAACUAUGGCCAACUGGUCUCUUCUCAGACGGUGCGGAGCUUCGCUGCUCGUGCAGUCCAGAAAUUGCAUUAGCAAAAAUGCCGCCGCCUGCUUGAGUACUCAGACAACACCCCCAAAGAAUCUGGUUGAUUCUGUUCUUGAUGAAAAAACUGGAAUUUCUACAUUGUCCAUGUCCAGAGCACCAGUCAAUAGUCUUAAUUUGGAUUUAAUAAAUGCCUUGAGAAAAGCUUUAGAGAAUGCUGUGGAUAAAGGCAGUCAGGGAAUCAUUCUAACAUCAUCAAUGCCAACCGUUUUUUCUGCUGGCUUGGAUAUAAUGGAGAUGUACAAACCAGACUUGAAGCGCUGCGAGGAAUUCUGGCAUUCAUUACAAGAUUUAUGGUUGAAUUUGUAUGGAAUGGGAAUUCCUACCGUUGCAGCAAUAAAUGGAGCUAGUCCAGCAGGAGGUUGCCUUCUCGCUUUGUCUUGCGAAUACAGAAUCAUGGUUCAAGGUGAACACACAAUUGGUUUGAAUGAGACUAAACUAGGCAUAGUUGCACCAAAAUGGUUCGCAGAUCCUAUGAUUUCAACUAUUGGGUACAGACAGGCUGAGCUUGCUCUAAUGAGAGGAUCACUCUUUAAACCUGAUGAGGCUUUAAAAAUUGGAUUGAUUGAUGAAAUUGCAAGUGAUAAAAAUGAUGCUCUUGCUAAAUCACAGAAAUAUAUAACCAGCUAUGCCAGAAUUCCAACGGAAGCAAGAGAAGCUACCAAACUGAGUUUGAGAAAAGAAACAAUAGCCUGGUUAGAAAACAAUCGUGAAUGGGAUACCACAGUAUUUCUUAAUUAUGUGCAAUUACCACAAGUACAAAAAGGUCUUGACAUGUAUGUGCAAUCUCUCAAGAAAAAAUCAAAAUGAUAACUUUGCCAUGUGAAAAACGAAAAGAGCACGUUUUUGAACGUGCUUUCACAGCCAAAUAGUGUGACUAUUUUAAUUACAGAUUUAAGAUGAAACAAGGCAUAUCCAUAAAUAGAUUUGAUAUUAAUGAAUAUAUCGGACCGCAUUUAAUGCAAUGUAU